AGGCUGAUAAUCAAACAUGGUGUUCUUGACGUUGUCUUGUUGGAUCAGAAACCGGGGACCUGACAGAUACUGGAAAGUGCAAGAACUCCUCAAACAUGCACGGCACUUCAGAGGCAGAAAGAACCGGUGCUACAGUCUGGCUGUGCGGGCCGUCAGGAGGGCUUUCCUCUACGCCACCAAAGGCCGGAGGCUAAAGAAACGUAACAUGAGAAAGCUCUGGAUUACACGCAUUGCAGCAGCAUCCCGAGAGCAUGGCAUGAAGUAUCCCGUCCUUAUGCACAACCUCAUCAAGAGCAGCAUUCAGCUGAAUCGGCAUGCUAUCAGUGAUCUGGCCAUUACAGAGCCUCGGUCUUUCCUCUCACUUGCAAAAGUGGCACGAGCUCGGCAACAGGAGGGUUUCCGUGCAGCUCUGGGCGAUGGCAAAGAGCCUCCUGGCAUCUUCUCUCGUGUUGUUUUACUACAGUAAAGGACUUGAACUGUUAUGGAUUUCUUUGUGGCUUGAAGAGCACUGCUCUUAGAUUGUGGAGAUGUUCCUGAAACAGUCCACCAGACAUACACUCACCUCCUCUCUUCACACUUGUUAUAUCAUCUAAAUAUUUUUCCAAAAAUCAUAUGAUCAAUUUAGGUAAAUCACUUUUCCAGAGUUGUCCCCCGGUCAAUCACCCACCUUGAGGCCAGGGUCUGGUGAGACAUUUACUAGCUGACCAGAGAGUUACCACUCUGCACUGUCGCACUGGGUAAAUCCCAGUUCUCUUAAUUGCAUCAGACAGACUUCUGUAAAGGAUGUACUUGUGUAUCCUCAAUUAUAGCUCCUCCAGGCAGCCUCUUCACUCAGAGAGCAGAAAUAAGACCUUUGGAAUGUCCUUCAUCAUGGCAGACUGAAUCGACAUUCUUGUUUGAGUGAGGACCAAGGAACGAUAAAAAAAAA